GUAGAGGAAGUACAGAGUUUGUAAACACGCCUGAACGUUCAGCGUUGAAUAGAGGAAUUUCUUCACGUGAACAGGCGUAAAUGUGUUGUUUGCCAUUGAAGUGAGAAUGGAAAGGAGCGAAGUGACAGUUUCCGCCAUUAAAGCUUUGGGGUACCUGAGCAGGUCCUGUCUGACACGGUGUAAAUGCGAAGAGCUUCCCUGUCCACUUCUCAACUGGCUGUGUGCAGAGCUGAGGAACACAUGUCCAGAGCUGCAAGACUCAGUUGGAUCAUGCAAAGUGUUCCUGGUUGGAGAGCUGAGACAUUUACUGUCAGACAUGUGCUCUCCCCUAACUGAUCUGACCUCAGAGGUGCUGGAACCAUCCAUCCUCAACAAAGUCACUGAAUUCCUUGUGUCAGAACUGCAAGCCGCUCGCAUAAUUACACAUAAGGAAUCGCAUCCUGAGGAGAAGACGACGAUAAGCGAGGAUUCUGAAAAAGAGCAGCGAGUGGAAGACCACAGCCAUAAACUCCCUGAAUUUUGUGAGGAAGAUGAUGAGGAAAAUGAUGUUCCAGACAAAGAGAGAAGGAACACUGAGAUGCAGGCAGAGUGGAUAUUACUGUUGCAUGCUCUUGACAUGGACACAUCCUCUCAACAUGCAGAUGUGUUGAAUGAGGUAGAGUCGAGGAUUGCACGUCUACCAUAUGAAGGCAUGAUGGAUCCUCUCCUUAACACCAGCCUGAGCGCCGCACAGUGGGUUCAAGUAAAAAAGAUCAAUAAACUUUUGUCAAAGGACUAUCAGUGUCGGUGGCAAAUGAUGAUCAAGCGCUUUCAAGUUACACUUGAGUCAUUUGCAUGGGGAGAAAAUCAAACGGAGCGUAGGGAAGUGCUCGCCUCAGUGCCAAGGCUCUCGUCUCUCUCUGGCUCUUCCCGGGUGUCUCUGUCUCUUCUGCUGGCUGCCAGACAGGAUCAGUCCUUCAUCACGCCAAUUAAGGCUGGAAAAAGCACAUCUGUGUACAAGAUACGGAUGGGCAGUGUACCUGACCGAGGAGGGCGACCAGGGGAAAUUGAGCCACCUAUGCCGGCGUGGGAAGGACGAAGAGCAAAGGGUCACCAUUCAGGACGAGGAGGUGGACACCAGCGGCAAAAAUUUCCCAAUAAGAGGAAAGGGAAAAAGGAGUAGCACAUCUUUCUUUUGGGCUUUAUAUAGAAAUAAGUGAUCAUUUAAAUUUUCCUUAAUUGGCCAUUGAAUGCCACAUAAAAUUUAUUUUAUAUAGUUAUAAAUGGGAGCACAGUUUUCACAAAAUAGUUCACAGACACAUCUGAAUGAUCACCUAAGUUGAGGUGGCUGUCGUGUGCUGUGGGUGACUCAAAACUGAAAGGUUUGUUUUGUUUAUCAAAAGAUUAAAAAAUAAAGCUUGAUUUUCUUUGGCA